AUGAAGUUGUAUGUCACGAACGAGCGAGCAGUCUUUGUCUCAACGCAUCAUGUCUAUUCUAUCGAAAUAAUUAUACUGGCAUUUGCAUUAAUAACUUCGGCUGAAGAGAGCAAAUGCACCGAGAAAGACGUAAACAACCAAACGAAAAGGGAGGAUUCAACAUUAGAACACGAGAUCGAUAGCAAGGACGAACUUUCGUUAGGAAAAGAUGAUGAUUUGAAAGAGAAACAACAGGAAAGAAACGAGCUUGCAGCCAAUGAAGAAAAUAUGCUUAAGCACUUGGAGACCAUAUCAGAAUUCGAAGGGCAUCAAGAUAAUGAACAAUUUGCAAAGGAGGUAAAUAGGAAUCAAGGGCAACAGCUCCAGGAUGAAGAAAACACAACAGGACAAAACACCGGGAAAGAAAAACAAUUGAACGUCGACAUAAAGCAGACACAGGGUGAAGCCGAAGAAUCAGAACUGCAAUAUGACGUAAAAGAAAUGGAUGAAAAUGGAAAUGACAGAGAACCCAAAGAGAAGAAACAUACAAAUCCAGGUGAAGCUACACUGGAACAGAAGCACAAGUUGAAUUCUGUGGAACAACAUUCAGAUCAACAAACAGCUCAAAAUCAUGGGUCAGAAUUCCGUCAACAUGGCCAUCUGGAGCAGCCGUUGGAAGGAUACAGAGUUACAGAGACAGGACAGGAUGAAGGACAUCAACUUAUACGUGAGAAUAAUUUUAACUAUCUGUUUAACUACCAUGGAGGCCACAAUUUACAACACAGUCCCAACAUCUUCGAAGACACUUCACUGCAUAAGAACCAUGAUGUCCAGACACUUACGCUGACUGACGAAGUUUCACUCCAACACCAUUUCCCAGUUUACAUUCCAGGCGAGAAACAUGUACCACAACCCACUGAGAAAACCGUUUCUUUUCCAGCCAAACAAUUUGUAUCCCAUCCAGCCGGUCUCCAUUACGCAGUCCAUAAGCCUGUACCUUACCCCCUGAAUGUCCCUGUACAGAGACCUUACUUUGUUCCGGAAGUUCCAUUUGCCGUUCACGUGAGAGUUCCUGUCCCACAGUCGUACACGGUUCAUGACCCGAAGCCGUAUACUGUUCUUGUAGAGAAGAAAGUGGCUGCACGUUACCCGGUACGCGUACAAGUGCCUGUCUCUCAACCAUACCCUGUGAAGGUGAAUGUACCUGUCAAGGCGUCUGCUAACAGGCCUGUCUCUGCGCCAGUGGAGGAGCCAUAUCCUGUCACUGUGCAAAAGGAAGCUGUCCAGAAGAAGUUCCCUUAUCCCGUCCAGGUGCAUGUGAAGAGCCCAUAUCCUGUGCCAGCAGAAAAGUCCUAUCCAGCCAAAAUAGGGAAGGGAAUCCCCUACACUGGAGAGAAGAAACUAAACUACACAGCUGAGAAGAACGCGUUCUACCCCGUGAAAGUCUCCGUGGACAAGCCGAUUCCUGUGGCUGCAGAGAGGCCAUAUCCCGUGCCCGCAGAAGGGCCGUACCCGGUCAAGGUUCCUGCUGUGAAGCACGUAUUCUAUCCUGUGGAGAAGGCUGUACUCCAUCCCAUUGAAAUAACGGUACCAUCAUCACUAGAGAAGGCAAAGGGAAGCAAAGAGGAAGGAGGGACACUAGAGGACAGUUUUGGAGUAGGAUAUCAAGGAUAAAGCGACAUCAAGAUACAAUUUAUUGAUUCCCAGAAAGUACCUGAGCUGUUUACAUGUCUCUGAUUUGUCUCAGAUCACUGUAUUAAGAUUGUACGUUGCUAUUACUGACGAAUGUGAACGGUGAAAAUUAUUCUUACUAUCUCAUGUAUAAAUGCUUCACAGUCAGUCUGGCGGGGUAAUUAUACGUAGGGGCAAAGCCUAGUGUUUUCGCCCUCAGAAUUAUCUGACGUAUGCAGUUAAUAUUCAAGAAGUGAAAGUAAGAACUGUGUACAGAUGUGGUACGCAGGAUUACCGAUGUAGUUUUCCAGGACCCGAGCUUAACCAUUAGUCGAGUUUCUGAAGUAGAAACAUUUAUUUUCGAAACGGGAGAAAAGGUAAUUUUUUAGACUGUGAUUUCAGUUUUACGAUAAUUUACGAUACGAUAUUUGUGUUUGGUAAUAUAAAUUUUUGGUCAUAUUUUUCACUGUUAUAGUAUAUUUAAAUUGGGGGGGAUGUUAAUGUUGAUAUUUAUUUUUUUCAGUGUUUUUAUUGUUUUAUUUGCUGUAGCGAAGGAAAUACAUUCGCAGUCCACGGAAAUAAUGAUUUGGAAUUACUGGCGCUCUCCGAACUACGCAGGCGUCGACUUGCGCAGAUUCGUCCUUACAAAAAUUUUCCAGUAGGUAGCGAACAGAAUAAAACAAAAUGUAAAUAAAUUGUUGUUGUUCCAAAUAUUAGUUUUCUAUGUUUCUAACGAUGAGCCGGGGUAGCGUACUCGGUAUACCGACUGGCUACAUGUUGGGCAACCGAGGGUUCGGAGUUCGAGUC